CCUGCCCGUAAGCAAUCUCCCAACUCAUCUCUGCAGAGGGCACGUUUUUAGGAGACGUCGAAAUUCAUCGGUCUAUCCUAACUAAAUUGUCAAUUGGUUGAGUGCAGUUGAGUGUGUAAUGAUAUUUAUACAGCAACGCGUCAUGUAAUUUAAUCAAGUUAAUAUGGAUUAAUUGACGUCAUUUGAAUAGGCGUAUUCUAUGAAAAAAUAUUUAAACACUUGUCAAACAUGAGUGACUCAGAGGAAGGAGACACUCCAAAGGUGACUGGACCAGUCGAUGAUGCCUGGUCCCUGAAAAUUCCAGAAUUUAAACCGGAAGACAAUCCACAUCGGCUUUUGGAAGAGAGCUCAUUUGCCACAUUAUUUCCAAAGUACAGAGAGCAGUAUUUGAGAGAAUGCUGGCCACUGGUGCAAAAAGCGCUAAACAAACAUCAUGUAAAAGCUGAAUUAGAUCUUUUAGAAGGCAGUAUGUCUGUGAAAACGACAAGGAAAACAUGGGACCCUUACAUUAUUUUAAAAGCACGGGACAUGAUAAAGUUGAUGUCUAGAUCUGUGCCCUUCGAGCAAGCCGUAAGGGUUCUUCAAGACGAGAUCAGUGCCGACAUUAUAAAGAUAUCCUCCUUUGUAAGAAACAAAGAAAAGUUCAUCAAAAGGCGGCAGAGGUUGAUCGGACCUAACGGUUGCACGCUUAAGUCUAUCGAAUUGUUGACAAAUUGUUACGUUUUAGUCCAGGGCCAAACAGUAGCUGCGUUAGGACCUUACAAAGGUUUACAACAAGUACGGCGAAUCGUCGAGGACACUAUAAAAAAUAUUCAUCCAAUUUAUAAUAUCAAAGCCCUGAUGAUUAAGAGAGAACUUGCAAAAGACCCAAAAUUGAAGAACGAAAACUGGGAACGAUUCUUGCCUAAAUUUAAUAGUAAAACUGUUAGCAAGAGGAAGCAGCCAAAGAAUAAGAAAGUUAAGAAGCCUUAUACUCCAUUCCCACCACCGCAACAGGAAAGUAAGCUGGAUAAGCAAUUAGCGUCAGGAGAAUUCUUCUUGAAGGAGGAGCAGAAGAGGGCGAAGAGGAAAAAGGAACAAGAGGCGAGGCACGAAGAGGCAUUGAAGAAAAGACAGGAAAAAAGAGCGCAGGCAUUUGUUCCACCUGAAGAGAAAACCAUUGAAGAUACAGUGGAAAAGAAGAACGAUGUUGACAUUGAUGAAAUAAAAAAGAAGAUUAAGAAAGGAUUUAAGAGACGGAAAGUAGGAUUAGCAUAGAAGCUAGUAAUAGCUACAUCUGGUAUUCUUGGAAACGUGGUGCAUGCCGUGGACAUUUAUACGAUAGUAGACUUUGUGAAGGGGUAAAGAAAGCGAAGUGGUGUUGAUCUGUUGAAUUUUAUUAAAAAAACUUCCUACUAAUCCUUUAAGUACUAGAAUACCGUGUUCUUAAACGUAGAUAUUACGCUAUUAUUGUACAUCGCAAAAUCGAGGAUGAAAGAAACCUAAGCCAAAAUCGUGAGUGAGUUGCGACAUCAAAUCCUACCGUAAAGCUUGGCGAUACUUUCGUGUACCACCAAAACUCAAUUCAGAGUCAUUAAGGAACGAUAGUUCGCUUUGACUUCCUCUGUUGGAUCUAUCUUGAAAUUUGACCAUCAGAAGCUUCCCUUCAAAAUGUACAGCAUUCCUACUCUAUUAUAAUAUCGCGUUUCGAUGAACAAAUACAAAGUACAAAACCUUCAACCAGA